AUGGCUGGGACCAGACUGCAACGAGGGUUCAAGGAAAGCAUUGAAGGAACAAGAACGGAGAUUAAACCAACUGCUGCGACAAAGGAAUCUCAGGCAAAUGCCGAAGGUCCCAGGAACAUUUCUGGAAGAAUGUAUGCCAAGUACCGACGACUUCUGGCCAAAGAUAGCGAGUGGCGAUGGGUAGUCAUUGUUUUAUCUGUCAUGUAUCUGCUGUCACCUGUCGACCUUAUCCCGGACGUCAUUCCGGUCAUCGGGUGGCUCGAUGACGGUGUAAUUGCCUGGAUCUUGGUUAACGAGCUAUUCCUGUAG